CAUCGCCUACAUACACUCAGCCUCUCCCACAGUUACGCGCAGUGCAUCCCCGGCGAGGCAAACGGCUGGGAGGGACCAGAGCCCUGAGAGGAGGGGCCCCUGUUACGUGCAAGGGGCUUGCAACCCUCCACUCACACACCUGCCUCCCCCAUUGCAGCCCCGGCGAGGGGAAGGCGGGGAGGGUCCGCGGGGCGUGACUGCCUGCAGGAGAGAGGAGGUGGCCGCUGCUAGGUGCAGCCGCGUGUGUACGGCCGCAGCGUGUGUGGGAUUGUUGCCGCCGGUAACCAGGCAGCCGGGGGCUUCCUGCAAACACUCGCAGAACGAGGCAGGCUCUCUCCCGCCGAGGGGCCGGUUGUCCGGGCGGGCGGCAGCAGCGCAGCGCGACGCUGGAGCCCUGCGGGAGAGGUUUCCGAGGUCUCUUGAGGAAAGGACAGUGCAAUAGCACAAUCAUUGCGAGCAAGUACUGUGUUUUCAUUGGGGGAAAAGGCUGCUGUGACUCAUUGGAUGCACGCUGUGCUGAAGCUAAGUGAUGAUUUCUAAAAGGAAGUAGUCCAAACUCUCCAUCCUGUUGAGGUCUGCGGCUUGGUGUGGAGAUUCUGUCACUGAACGGGUUUUUUUCUGCAAAGAAACCAUGGCUGCCUCGAGGCUAGUGGGGAGAUCUUCCAGAGAUAUUGCCAAUGUUAUGCAAAGGCUUCAAGAUGAGCAAGAGGCAGUGCAAAAGAGGACUUUCACAAAAUGGAUCAACACUCAUCUGGCCAAGCGCAAUCCCCCCUUGGUGGUCAAUGAUCUGUUUGAAGAUAUCAAAGAUGGGGUUAUGCUUCUAGCCCUUUUGGAGGUUCUUUCUGGUCAGAAACUGCCUUGUGAGCAGGGACGUCAUCUGAAGAGAAUCCAUUGGGUGUCUAAUAUUGGCACUGCCCUUAAAUUUCUAGAAGGAAGGCGGUCCAUGUACAGAGGAUCACCGAUAAAGCUCGUGAACAUCAAUUCAACUGAUAUUGCUGAUGGUAGGCCUUCUAUUGUGCUUGGUUUGCUGUGGACCAUAAUUUUAUAUUUCCAGAUUGAAGAACUGACCAGCAACCUCCCACAGCUGCAGUCAUUGUCUAGCAGUACAUCCUCUGUGGACAGUGUCCUCAGCACUGAGACUGCAAGUCCGCCAACAAAACGGAAGGUGGUAACUAAAGUCCAAGGAAGUGCUAAGAAGGCUUUGUUAAAGUGGGUGCAGUACACAGCAGCAAUGAAAGCUGGAAUUGAAGUCAAAGAUUUUGGACGAAGUUGGAGAAGUGGUGUUGCCUUUCAUUCGGUUAUUCAUGCUAUUCGUCCAGAGCUAGUGGACAUGGAGAAAGUGAAAGGAAGAUCUAAUAGGGAAAACCUAAAUGAUGCCUUCACAAUUGCAGAAACAGAACUGGGAAUCCCAAAACUUCUUGAUCCUGAAGAUGUGGAUGUUGACAAGCCAGACGAAAAGUCUAUCAUGACCUACGUAGCACAGUUCCUGAAGCAGUAUCCUGAUCUACAUCAUACAACUGAAAUGCAGGAGAACGAUAAAGAAGAUAGACUGUUGCUGAGAGACCUCAAAGUUUGGGUAGAACAGUUAGAAAGGGACCUGACCAGGGCACAGAUGGCAGAAGCAAGCUUACAGGAGAAAUACCAAUCAUUUAAACACUUCCGAGUCCAGUAUGAAGUAAAGAGGAAACAGAUUGAAUUUGUAAUCCAGUCUUCACGUAAAGAUGGUAAAUUGUCGCUUGAUCAAGCUAUGGUGAAGCAAGCUUGGGAUAGAGUUUCUUCUAGGCUACUUGAUUGGCACAAACAUCUUGAUAAAUCUCUUCCUGCACCUUUGGGUACCAUAGGUGCCUGGCUCUACAAAGCAGAGGCUGCUGUUAGGGAAGAAAUAAUCAUUCAGCAAGCUCAUGAGGAAACAGCAAAUACAAUACAUCGGAAGCUUGAACAGCAUAAGGACCUGCUUAAAAACGUAGAUGGUCACAAAAAGGCAUUCCAAGGGAUCCACCGGGCUAGGUCUGUUAAUGGAGUCCCUGUACCACUGGAGCAGUUAGAGGAUAUGGCAGAGAGGUUUAAUUUUGUUGCAUCUACGUCUGAUCUCCAUCUGUUAAAAAUGGAGUUUCUGGAACUGAAGUACCGUCUGCUGUCACUCUUAGUCCUGGCAGAGUCAAAGUUAAAAUCAUGGAUUAUCAAAUAUGGAAGACGGGAGUCGGUAGAACUACUUCUACAAAAUUAUAUUACUGUUAUUGAAAACAGUAAAUUCUUUGAGCAGUAUGAAGUUACAUACCAGAUCUUGAAAAGGGCAGCUGAGAUGUAUGCCAAAGCUAAUGGCUCAGUGGAAGAAGCAGAAAAUGUCAUGAAAUUCAUGAAUGAAACAACAGCACAGUGGCGGAAUCUGUCUGUAGAGGUGAGAAGUGUGAAGAGCAUGUUAGAAGAAGUGAUUGCUAACUGGGACCGCUAUAGCAGUACUGUAGCCAGUCUGCAGGCCUGGCUGGAGGAUGCUGAAAAAAUGCUGAACCAGCCUGAACAUGCCAAAAAGGAUUUUUUCCGACAUUUACCUCAUUGGAUCCAGCAGCACACAACUAUGAAUGAUGCUGGUAACUUCCUUAUUGAAACUUGUGAUGAGACCAUAUCCAGAGAUCUUAAACAACAGCUGCUGCUACUAAAUGGAAGAUGGAGAGAGUUGUUUAUGAAAGUUAAGCAAUAUGCUCGAGCAGAUGAACUUGACAGAAUAAGGAAGGAAUACUUGGAUGGGGUUGCUACCUUGUCAACCUUUGCUGAUUGUGCUAAUGGAAAAUUUUCUGUGCCUGUGGAAGUGGCCUUUCUAAAUGUCAAGAUGUUUGUCCAAGGUUUGGAGGAUAUUAAACAGAAGGUGCCUGUGAUGGAAGCUCAGUACAAGAUAAUUACAAGGACAGCACAGCUUGUUACAAAGGAAGUUCCUCAAGAAGAAGUCAAUGAAAUGCUUGCAACUAUGGCAGGGAUCAAAGCACAGCUAAGCAAGACUAAGGAGCAUUGUCCUGUCCUACUCUACGAAGCUCAGCAAUUGUUGUCUCCAUUGGAAGAAUUAGAAAAACAAAUUACAUAUUUUUAUGAGUCUCUUGAGAAAGUCAAUGAAAUAAUUUCUGCCCGAGAUCCUGAAAUGCAACCUCCUAAUGUUUUUAAGCAAAACCACCAGGAUUUGGUAGCAUACCAAGAAAACUGCAAGAAAGCCUUGUCCCUGAUUGAGAGAAACAGUCAGGGCAUUUUGAAGUUUGUGGCUUCGAGUAAGAUGUUACAACAUUUCAAUUCAUUGAUGCUUCAGAAGAAGGUCACAGAAAUCCAGGUCACUUUUCAGGAUAUGGUCAAGAAAACUGGUGACUGGAGAAAAUAUGUUGAAGCAAAUAGUCGUUUGAUGAAAAAAUUUGAGGAAUCCAGGGCAGAACUAGAGAAAGUACUACAGAUUGCCCAUGGCUGCCUGGAAGAAAAGGGAAAUCCUGAAGAACUUCUCAGGAAACAUACUGAAUUUUUCAGCCAGUUGGACCAGAGAGUACUUAACGCCUUCCUGAAAGCUUGUGAUGAACUUACUGACAUCCUUCCUGAGCAAGAACAACACAGCCUGCAGGAAGCAGUUAGGAAACUCCAUAAGCAGUGGAAAGAUCUCCAGACAGAAGCCCCAUAUCAUUUGGUCCAUCUGAAGAUUGAAGUAGAGAAAAGCAAAUUCCUAAGCACAGUGGAAGAAUGUAGAUCUGAACUUGCUAGAGAGAACAAGCUGGUAUCCAGGGAGGGCAGUGAAAAGACCAUCAAAGAGCAUCAGAUUUUCUUUGGUGAAAAGGGACCUUAUCUGCUAUGUGACAAAAGGCUGCAGCUGAUUGAAGAACUGUGCCUAAAGCUCCCAGAAUGGGACCAACUUAAGGUUACAUUGGAAAGCUGCCAAGAAACCCUCAAGGAACUUAAAUCCCAAAUUGAUAGGACCUAUGUGAAACUAAAAGAAAACCCUGAUAAGUGGAAGGAUUACAAGAAUAGAAUUUCUGAAUUAGCAAAUUGGAUUUCAUCAAAGGAAAGCGAGCUAACGAAGAUUAAGCUUGGUGUCAAUGAUACUGCCAAAUACAAACAAUUUAAAACAGCAACAGAGGUUAUCAGGCAUGGUGUCAGCAAACAAGGAGAAAAUUUUCACUGGCUGAAAUCUAGACUUGCUGUUUUGACUGAGAUUUCUGCUGAGGAUGAAUCCAGAAACAAAGAGGAAGAGUUAUCUAAACUUUCUAGCGACUUCAAGGAACUGCUACAUUUGCUGGCUGAGAUUGAGAAGAUGUUAAGCACUGUUGAGGAUUGUGUCCAAUACAAAGAAGAAGUAAAAAGUGCCCUAGAAGAACUAAUUACCAAUUCGAAAGAAGCCCAACUAGAGGCUGAAAAAAUCUUAGAUACAGAAAGCUUAUUACAGGCUCAACAACUACUUCUACAUCAUCAGCAAAGGACAAAGAGGCUCCGUGCAAAGAGACAAGAUGUGCAACAGCAGAUUGCCCGAGCUAAACAGCUGCAGAUUGAAGGAGGACUGCCUAGCACAGUGCAAGAAGAUUUACAGAAGUUGGAAGGCACAUUAGAAAACAUGCAGCAGAAUAUGGAGAAACGGGAAGAAAAAUUACAGGUCACAGUAAACAAGUGGGAACAGUUUGAAAGAGACAAAGAAACAGUAGUCAAAUAUCUUAAGCAAGCAAGCUCUGCACUUGAACGCAUUUUAAGCUUUAGCAGUUUGGAGAGCCUCUCAUCAGAACUGGAUCAGACAAAGGAACUUUCUAAGCAGACAGUAGCCAUGGCAUCCCAGGCGGAGAAUCUUGUGAAGUACUCUUCUGAAAUACAGCUAGGCUCAAAGAACAAGCAAUCCCUUCAACAGCAGGCAAAGUCAAUCCAGGAACAAGUGAAAAAAGUGGAAGUUACCCUUGAAGAAGAUAUUAAAACCAUGGAAAUGGUGAAAAGCAAGUGGGAUUAUUUUGUCAGUAAUUUUGAAGCUCUGUCCAUCUGGAUAACUGAAAAAGAAAAAGAACUGGAUACCUUGGAAACAUCAUCAUCUCCCUUGGACAUGCAAAUCAGCCAAAUGAAGGUUAUUAGUAAAGAAAUAGAUGGUAAAAUAAAUGGAAUCCCAAGCCUAGAAGAGGAAUCUCAGUCUUUUUCUCAGUUUGUCACUUCUGGAGAAUCUGCACAUAUUAGAGCCAAGUUAACACAGAUCAGAAGGUACUGGGAAGAGCUUAGAGAUCAUGCACACUGUCUGGAAGGAAUAAUAACUGGGAACGCAUCACAGCAGCAGAAGUAUGAAGAAAGUCUCGAACAGGUGCAGAAAGCUGUGUCUAGAUUUGAAGCUAAACUGGCUGAGCCUCUUACUUCAUGUUUUUCAUCAGCAGAUACUUACAAAGUGCUUCAAGAUCAUAUGGAUUUCUUCCAGGCUGUGGGAAAAAUGAAUAACAAUGUGACCUCCCUCUUAGCCUCUGCCCAUAAAGUCACCAACAAAGAAAAAGCUAUUCAAGAGGUUACAGUAUUACAGGAGAGAUUUGAAAAGCUGUUAAGAAGAGCUAAAGAGAAACAAACCUUACUAGAGACUCUCCUAGCACAAUGGCAGCGGCAGGAGAAGGAACUAUCUAUCUUCCUGACCUGGUUAGAGAGGUGUGAAACUGCAGCCCGACCUCCAGAGCAGUAUGUUUCCACUGACAGAGUCAAACUUGAAACUGAACUACAGUCAAUACAGGAUUUGCAAGCUGAUAUUGCAUCUCAUGCUUCACUGUAUACCAGCCUAUUACAGUUAAAUGAGUCACUGUUCACAACAGCUUCCAAAGAAAGUAUGAAAGCAAUGCAACAAGAGUUUGAAGAGCUGGAUGGGAGAUGGAAAGCUUUACCACAGACUGCUAGCAAGAGGAUCGGUUUCCUUCAGUCUCUUGUUGCUGAACAUGGGGAGUUUGAUGAACUGCUGCUCAGUUUUUCAGAAUGGAUUAACCAGUUUCUUGGUGAAUUGCAUGCCACUUCUGAGAUAAACACAGCUGAUCAGCACCCAGCUGUAUGCCACAAUAAGGACCACUCUAAGAAAGUGGAAAGCAAAAAACAGGAAUUACAAAGUCUGAAAGACCAUGAAGAGAAACUGUGUUCUUUUAGUCAUCCAGAGGAUCGCCACAUGCUACAAGGAAAGGUUGAAGACUGCUUUCAGCUCUUCCAGGAAGCCAGUCAAAUAACUAGCCGAAGACAAGAGGCUCUCAGUCAGCUUGGGGUCUUUCUAGAGUUACAUGCAGCUGCAUCAAGUGUGCUCCAUCACCUGAGACAGACAGUAGAGACCACUGGGAACAUGGAUAAGGUUAAAUCAGAACUGUUGGAGAAAGAACUCAGGGAUGUUGUUCAAGACAUUAACAAAUUAGCAUCUUCUGCAAUCAGUUUGGAUGGAGCCCUUAUGAAAGCCCAAUAUCAUCUAAGACAUGGAGGCUCUGAGCAGAGGACAUCUUGUAGGGCUGUGGCUGAUAAUCUGUGCUUAGAACUAGAGUCAGUCCAAAAUAUGCUAGGAGCCAAGCAGAGCGAAGCAGAAGCACUUAAAGCCCUGCAGAAGUCUUUCAUGGAACGCAAAGAACAAUUGUUAAAGAGCAUUGAAGAUAUUGAGGAAAGAGCUGACAAAGAAGGAUUGAAGGAGCCAACACUUCAGGCACUACAGCAAAGAUUAAAGAUCUUUAACCAACUAGAGGAUGAACUGAAUUCUCAUGAGCAUGAACUGCAGUGGUUGAUGGACAAAGCAAAACAAAUGGCUCAGAAGGAUAUAACAUUAGCGCCUGAAAUUGAUAAAGAUAUAAAUUGCUUGGAAGCAACUUGGGAGGACACCAAAAAAUUAAUCCAUGAAAAACAGGAACAGUGCUGUGUCCUCAUUGAUUUGAUGAAAGACUAUCAGGGUUUGAAAUCAGCAGUAACAAAAGUGAUAGAGAAUGCUGACCAUGUGACUAUGACCAAAUCCAGUUUAAAGGAUCAGGAGGAUAUCAGAAGGGCUUUAUCAAAGCAUGAAGCUGUCAAGAGUGAGCUAAAUGACAGACAAAAAGAGCUGGAUGCCUUCACUAAUAAAGGAAAACAUUUGUUAGCAGAGCUGAAGAGAAUUCAUAACUGUGAUCCCAUGCUGAUGAAAACAGAUAUGAACAGCACUGUGGACAAAUGGCUGGAUGUAUCAGAGAGGACCGAAGACAAUAUAGAAAAAUUGAGUGUAAGCAUGUCUCUAUGGGAUGAGGUGCUCGCCACAGGAGAUGAAAUUGACACAUGGUGCAGUAAUGCCAUCUCUCAGUUGAAUGAAGGCAUCAGCAACCUGAGCAGCAGCCAGAAAAUGGAGACCUUUUUGAAGGAAUUUCAGUCUGAAGUUACGAAUAAAGGGCAGAAGGUGGACCAGCUUAGUUCAAAAGUUUCAGAGCUCAAUGAACUGACCAAUAGUCAUGAGUCACCUGCAAAUCUUCAGUUCCUAGAAGCAGAUUUACGGCAAAAACUGGAACAUGCCAAAGAAAUGUCUGAGACAGCAAAAGAGACACUGGAAGAUUUCUGCACUCAGAAGAUGCAAUUAUUAAAGUUUAUAGAUCAUAUGACAGAUUGGCUUACAGAAGUAGAAGAGACACUAUUAAACUCUGCUUGUUAUCAGGAUCCUAAGUGCCUAAGUAAAGUGAAGGAAACACAAAAAGAGCUCAAACUCCAACAGAGCAGCAUCGAUUCGACACGAGAGAACCUCAACAGCUUGUGCCGCAAGUACCACACUGUGGAAUUGGAGACUCUGGGUUGCACUGUCACAUCACUAAUACAGAAGUAUGAAGCUGUGACCCAUCUGUGUUCCAGAACUCAGGCCAGCAUGCAGGACUCCCUGGAGAAACACCUCCUCACUUCUAUGCAGGAAUUCCAGGAGUGGUUUUCUGGUAUGAAGGAAGCAGUAAAAGAGUCAUCUCAUAAGUCUGGGGACAGCAAAACCAUAGAAGCAAAGCUACAUGAUUUGCAGAGAGUGUUGGACUCGAUUAGUGAGGGACAGAACAAACUGGAUGCUGUCUCCAAGCAAGGAGAAAAUGUGUAUGCUUACUUACCCAAACCAACUGUGAGCAGUAUCCAGGAGCAGGUAGCAAAGUCACACCAGCAGUUCCAGGGGUUCCUGAAACAAUGCCUGAAAGAUAAAGAGGCUCUAGAACACUGUGCCUUAGAACUGGGAAGCUUUGAGGAUCAGCACAAAAAACUGACCCUGUGGAUCCAUGAAAUGGAGGAAAGAAUAAAUACAGAAAUACUAGGAGAGAGCAAACACCAAAUCCCUGAGAAGAAAAAUGAGGUGCAGAAAUUGGAAAAGUUUCUUGAAGAAUUACUGGCUGCAAGAGAAUCCUUUGAUAAACUUUCCCAGCGGGCACAAGCUUUAAAUGAAGAAGGACAUGGUGCUGGGAGUGAAGUACGUCAGGCUUCUCAAAACCUCACCAGCUAUCAAAACCUAGUCAAAACGGUCAAGGAGAAGUUGCGAACAUGUCAGGUUGCACUCCAGGAGCAUCAAUCCUUGGAGGACGCGCUGCAGAGUAUGUGGUCCUGGGUGAAAGAUGUUCAAGAAAAGCUGGCUUCUGCAGAGAGCACAGUUGGCAGCAAAGUCACGUUAGAGAGGCAGCUGAUGCAAAUUCAGGAGAUCCUUUUAAUGAAAGGUGAAGGUGAAGUUAAGUUGAACAUGGCCAUUGGAAAAGGUGAACAAGCCCUUAGAAGCAGUAAUGAGGAAGGGCAGAAGGUGAUACAGACUCAGCUACAAACGUUAAAGGAUGUAUGGAGUGAUAUCACCAACACUUCCAUGAACUGUCAGAGCUGUUUGGAGUCUGUGAUUAACCAGUGGAAUGACCAUUUGGAGAGGAAAAGCCAGCUGGACCAGUGGUUGGAGUCAGUGGAUUACAAAAUAGAACAGCCUUUACAGAUGCAGAUUGGUCUGAAAGAGAAGUUUUCUCAAUUGGAUUACUUCCAGGCUAUUGUUUCUGAUAUAGAGGAUCAUUCUAGUGACCUGCAUCGAUUUACUGAAAAAGCCAAGGAACUAUAUGAGAAAACUGAGGAUGCUUCUUUCAGGGAAGCAGCUGAAGAGGAACUGAAAACACAGUUUAGUGACAUUACUACUGUGGCCAAGGAGAAAAUGAGGAAAGCCGAAGAUAUUGUGAAGGACCAUUUGCUGUACCUUGAUGCUGUGCAUGAAUUCACAGACUGGCUCCAUUCUGCAAAGGAAGAACUGCACCGCUGGUCAGAUGCAUCUGGAGAUACAUCAGCCAUACAGAAAAAACUCGCUAAAAUUAAUGAGCUGAUAGAUUCCAGACAGAUUGGUGCAAACCGCCUAAGCAGAGUUGAGACACUGGCUCCUGCAGUGAAACAGAACACAACUCCCAGUGGGUGUGAAUUGCUAGAUGCGGAGAUGCAGGCCUUGCAGUCCGACUGGAAGCAGUGGGAGGAGAGCAUUUUUCAAACGCAAAAGAACUUGGAGGAUAUAGUUAGCCAAAUGGCCCUGUCCGAGCAGGAGUUCACAGCACAGGUUGCUCAGCUGGAAAAGGCCCUGGAGCAGUUCACCACACUUCUUGCAUCCUGCUCUCAAAAGCUGACCCUCCUGGAUGGCAAGCAAACUGAUAAAGAAAUAAUUGAAUGCUGGCACCAAGAAAAAGAAACACUGGAUGCUCUAACAAAGGCAGAGCAUAUGACAGAAGAGCUCAAGACUCAGUUAAAUGACCUUUGUAGAUUUUCCAGGGAUUUGAGUACCUAUUCUGCAAAAGUUUCAGUGUUAAUUAAAGAGUACAAUAGCCUAUGUCUUCAAGCUUCGAAGGGCUGUCAGAAUAAAGAGGAGGUCUUGCAGCAGAGAUUCCGGACAGUUUUCAGGGACUUCCAGCAGUGGCUAGUCAGUUCAAAAAUCACCACUGCCAAAUGCUUUGACAUGCCUCAAAAUAUCAACGAAGCAGUGACAAGUCUACAGAAAAUACAGGAAUCCUCAUCUGAAAGUGAAAAUGGCCAGCAUAAGCUAAACAUUGUGGUGUUCAAGGGAGAACUGCUGAGCACUAUUCUUCCCCAAGAAAAAGCUAAAGUUAUCCAAGCCAAAGUUGCUGUUGCUAAAGAAGACUGGAAAAAUUUUCUUUCCCUGCUUCACCAGAAGGAAUCUGCUUUGGAGAACUUAAAGAUCCAAAUGAAGGACUUUGAAACAACUGUAGAGCCUCUUCAGGACUGGCUGAGCACAACUGAGAAGAUGGUUCAAGAAAGCAGUAGUCGACUUCAUGACCUCCCUGCAAAGAGAAAAGAACAACAAAAGUUACAGUCUGUCCUUGAGGAAAUAAGCUGCCACGAGCCUCAGCUCAACAGGCUAAAAGAGAAAGCUCAGCAGCUGUGGGAGGAGCAAGCUGCCAGCAAAAGCUUUAUGCGCAGAGUAUCUCAGCUAUCUUCUCAAUACCUAGCGCUAAGCAAUCUAACAAAGGAGAAGGUUUCCAGAAUGGAUCGGAUUGUUGCAGAGCAUCAUCAGUUCUCUCAUGUCAUGAAAGAACUGCAGGACUGGAUGGCUGAUGCAAUUCAUAUGUUGGAAUCUUAUUGUCUCCCCACGGCAGACAAAAGCGUUCUGGACAGCAGAAUGUUAAAACUGGAGGGAUUGUUAUCAGUGAAGCAGGAGAAGGAAAUCCAGAUGAAAAUGUUGUUGACAAGAGGAGAAUCUGUUCUGCAAAAUACAUCUCAGGAGGGAGUCCCUGUCAUUGAACAACAGUUACAGACACUUAAGGAAAAAUGGGCUUCUUUCUUGUCUUCUUGCAUUCACUGUAAAAGUCAGUUGGAAGGAGCUCUCUCCAAAUGGACGAGUUAUCAGGAUGAUGUUCGUAAAUUUUCCAGCUGGAUGGACAAAGUAGAAGCAAGCAUGAAUGCUUCUGAGAGACAGUGUGCAGAGUUAAGGGAAAAAACAGCUAUCCUCAGCAAAGCAAAGUUACUCAGUGAAGAAGUGUUGAGUCACAGCAGCUUACUAGAGACUAUUGAAGCAAAAGGCUCUAGCAUGACUGACCAUUAUGUAACACAGCUAGAACUCCAGGACCUCCAAGAACGAUACAGGCUCCUGAAAGACAAGACAAUGGAGGCCGUAACAAAAUCUGAGAAGCUGCUUCACUUACAUCAUGAAUAUCAAAGAAAACUGAAGGCUUUUGAAGUAUGGCUGGAAAAGGAACAGGAAAAGCUUGAAUGUUUAUCAUAUCUUGAAGGUGAUGCUCAGACUCAUGAGUCAACACUUCGGGACUUACAGGAGCUACAGGUCAAUUGUGCAGAGGGACAGGCAUUACUGAAUGCAUCACUCCACGGCAGGGAGGAGGUGAUACCUUGGGGCAUACCCCAGAUUGAAGACAGAGCACUGGAAUCCAUGCGACAGGAUUGGCAAGUUUACCAGCAGAGACUUUCUGAGGCCAGGACCCAGCUAAACACCAAUCUAAGCAGAUUGAGGUUAAUGGAGAAAAAGUUUCAGAAGGUAAAUGACUGGCUUAAAACCCUGGAGGAGAAAGUUAAUAUCAGGAUUGGGCGGCAGUCUGACAGAGCAACAAAGGAGAUGCAGCUACAGCAAAUGAAGAAGUGGCAUGAAGAAAUAAUGAUCUACAAAGAUGAUGUUGAGGAAGUUGGGAUGUUAGCUCAGCAAAUCCUGGAGGAAAGUCAUACUACCAGUAGAAUGGGAAAUCAAGCUACCCAGCUUACCUCUCAGUACCAAGCGCUUAUCCUUCAUGUACUGGAACAAAUAAAGUUCCUGGAAGAAGAGAUUCGAAGUAUGGAGGAAUCAGAAUUGGCUUUCAGAACUUACACAGAUUGGUAUGGAGCCACUAGCCAGAACUUAACAAAUGUGGUAACCAAGACUGAUGUAGUGGAUAAAAUGGCAAUGGAAAAGAAAAUGCAGAAACUAGAGCUUCUUUUGAGUGACAUGGAUGUAGGCCAUAGGUUGCUGAAAACUGCACGUGAGAAGGGUGAUCGGGCUAUUAAAUACAUGGAAGGAAAUAAAGCUGACCAGUUAAGAAAAGAGAUCAAUGAUUACAUGGAACAGCUUGAAGAGCUGGCCAGCUCUAUAAGGAAGGAACAUACAAACUUAGAGAAGUGCCUCUACUUGUCAAAGGAAUUCUCAGACAAAUAUAAGGCACAGACUCGAUGGCUGACAGAGUACCAAGCCAUCUUGCAUACUCAAGUGGAGCCCAAAACUGAAUUAUAUGAGAAGAAGGCUCAGUUAUCCAAAUACAAGUCAGUACAACAGACGGUGCUGUCCCAUGAGCCUUCAAUAAAAUCAGUCACUGAAAAAGGAGAAGCCCUUCUUGAACUUGUGCAUGACGUUACUUUAAGGGACAAAAUUCAGAAACUUGAAGUCAAUUACCAGGAACUCUGCAAUGCGGCAAAGGCACAUGUUGAAAGCUUGACUGUUAAAGUAAAAGAGCAUGAAGAUUAUAACAGUGACUUACAAGAAGUGGAGAAGUGGCUGUUACAAAUGUCCAGCAGACUGGUCACUCCUGACCUUAUGGAAAGCAGCAGCAUAGAAAUAAUAACUCAGCAAUUAGCCAACCACAAGGCAGUGAUGGAAGAAAUUGCAGGAUUUGAAGACCAUUUGAACAACCUUAAAAAUAAAGGUGACUAUUUGAUCAGCCAAUGUGCAGAACAUCUUCAAGCAAAAUUUAAGCAACAAACACAAACCCAUCUGCAGGGGACAAGAGACAGUUAUUCAGCCAUAUGUAGCACAACUCAGAGAGUAUACCAGAGUUUGGAACAUGAACUCCAGAAGCACGUUAACCAUCAGGAUACUCUACAACAGUGUCAGGCUUGGCUCUCUACAGUUCAGCCAGACUUAAAACCAAGCAUGUGGCCACCUUUCAGCCUGGCUGAUGCAGUUAAACAGGUUAAACAUUUCCGAGCUCUGCAAGAACAAGCAAGCACGUACUUGGAUCUUUUGUGCUCUAUGUGUGAUUUGUCAGACACCACAGUGAAGAAUACUGCAACAGACAUUCAGCAAACAAAGCAAAUGAUCGAGCAACAGAUGAUGCACUCUCAGUACCUGGCUCAGGGUUGGGAAGAAAUAAAACAAAUGAAGGCUGAGCUUUGGAUAUAUUUCCAGGAUGCAGACCAACAACUACAGAAUAUGAAGAGGAGAUGGGCAGAACUGGAACCAAACAUUGCCCAGAACAUAGUUUUGCAGGUUAAGGAAUUCAGUCAGAAGCUGCAGUCUAAAGAGGCAGCUCUUACCACUGUGACUGAAAAGGUGAACAAACUAACACAAGGACAAGAGUCUCCUGAGCAUAAAGAAAUAGGUCACUUCACCAGUCAGUGGUUGGACCUCUGCCUUCAGGCCAACAAUUUGCUCAUACAGAGGGAGGAGGAUCUUCAGAGGACAAAGGAUUACCACGAUCGCAUGAAUGUAGUAGAAAUCUUCUUGCAAAAGUUUACAAAGGAAUGGGACAACUUGGCCAGAUCAGAUACUGAGAGCACGACUAUUCACCUGGAGGCUCUGAAAAACUUAGCAUUGGCUCUGCAGGAAAGGAGAUUUGCUCUUGAAGAUCUGAAAGACCAGAAACAGAAAAUGAUGGAACAUCUGAAUCUAGAUGACAGAGAAUUGGUGAAAGAACAGACUAGUCAUUUUGAACAGCGCUGGUCUCAGCUGGAGGACCUAGUAAAGAGAAAAAUUCAGCUUUCUGUCACAACCUUAGAGGAGCUGAGUUUGGUGCAUUCUAAAUUUCAGGAACUGAUGGAGUGGGCAGAAGAACAGCAGCCUAGCAUCUCUGAAGCUCUUAAACAGAGCCCUCCUCCAGACCUGGCUCAGAGUCUUCUCAUGGAUCAUCUCACCAUUUGCAGUGAAUUGGAAGCCAAACAGCUUAUUCUCAAAGCACUCAUAAAGGACGCUGACAGGGUGAUGACUAACCUCGGCCUCAAUGAAAGGCAGAUCCUCCAGAAGUCCCUUUCAGAUGCACAAAAUCACAUAGAUUGUCUUAGUGAUAUGGUUGGCCAAAGGAGGAAAUACCUGAAUAAGGCAUUAUCUGAAAAGACUCAGUUCCUCAUGGCAGCUUUUCAAGCUACAAACCAAAUUCAACAACAUGAAAAAAAGGUUAUGUUCCAUGAACAUAUAUGUUUGUUGCCAGAAGAGGUGAGUAAACAGAUCAGGACUUGUAAGAGUGCCCAAGCUAGCCUGAAGGCUUAUCAGAGUGAAAUAACUGGGUUGUGGACUCAGGGAAGGGAUUUAAUGAAAGAAGCAACAGAACAAGAAAAAGGUGAGGUAUUAAAUAAACUCCAGGAAUUACAGAAUGUGUAUGACACUGUUUUACAAAAGUGUAGCCAGCGACUGAUAGAACUCGAGAAAAAUACAGUUUCCAGGAAGUAUUUUAAGGAAGAUUUGGAUAAAGCCUCUCAUUGGGUAAAACAAGCUGAUAUUGUUACAUUUCCAGAAAUCAAUUUAAUGAAUAAUAACUCUGAAUUAUAUACUCAGCUGGAAAAGUAUCAGCAGAUUCUUGAGCAGUCUCCUGAAUAUGAAAAUCUUUUACUUACUCUCGAAAGAGAUGGUCAGGAGAUCUUGUUAUCACUUAAUGAAGUGGAUCAUUCUUACCUGGACGAAAAACUGAAUGCCCUGCCACAGCAAUUUAAUACUGUCAUAGCCUUGGCAAAAGAUAAAUUCUAUAAGGUUCAGGAAGCAAUUCAUGCCCGUAAAGAAUAUGCUUCAUUAAUUGAGUUGACAACUAAGGCUCUAACUGAACUAGAAGAUCAGUUUUUAAGCAUGAACAAAGCUCCCACUGCUCUUUUAGCCAAAGAGGGUAUGUCACUUCAACAGGAUUACACAGCUCUCCUAAGUGAAGUGGUGAACCUUGGUGCAGCAAUGGAUGAAUUGAACCAGAAGAAGGAAGCUUUUAGAAGCACCGGCCAGCCAUGGAAACCUGAAGAGAUGUUAAAACUCACCUCCUUGUAUCACAAGUUGAAAAGGCAAAUUGAACAGAGAGUUAAUUUUUUGGAAGACACUAUAGAGGCCUACAAGGAACAUGAGAAGAUGUGCCUGCAGCUUGAGACACAAUUAGAGACAGUGAAGAAAGAGCAGCUGAAAGUGAAUGAAGAAACACUGCCAGCAGAGGAGAAGCUGAAAAGCUACCAUUCUCUGGCUGGCAGCCUGCAAGAGACAGGGAUUCUUUUGAAGCGAGUUACCGAACAUCUAGAAGCACUUUGUCCUCAGCUUGACCCAUCCACAUAUGAGACAGCAAAUGCUCAGAUACAGUCUUGGCAAGAGAAAAUGAAGUUGUUGCAUGCUGCCAUUGCUGACACUGUGAUGGAAUGUGAAAAUAGGCUGGUGCAAAGCAUAGACUUCCAGACUGAGAUCUGCCGUUCACUUGACUGGCUGAGAUGGGUGAAAGCAGAACUUAACGGAACGCUAAGCUUGGAGCCAAAACUGCAAAACAUUCAAGAAGAGAUACGAAAGGUUCAGAUACAUCAGGAAGAAGUACAGUCAAGCCUGAGAAUAAUGAAUGCAGUGAACCAUAAAGAAAAGGAAAAGUACAUGAAAGCUAAAGAACUAAUACCUGCUAACUUGGAAAAUAGCCUCGCUGAGCUCUCAGAACUAGAUGGUGAAGUUCAAGAAGCCAUACAUCUGAGGCAGGCUGUUUUGACUAAACUCUAUAGCCUAUGCCAGAGGUACUACCAAGUGAUACAAACAGCGGGUGACUGGCUUGAGGAUGCCCAGGAAUUGCUACAUUUGGCAAGAAAUGGUCUAGAUGUGGAGAGCUCUGAGGAGAACCUAAGGAAUCACACUGAAUUUUUCAGCACCGAAAAUCAAUUCCUUGGUCAUCUGGAGGAGCUACAAGUGCUGAUGUCUGAGAUGAAACCGUUUAUCCAGGCCACAGCAAGAGAGGAGCUGUUACAGAAUGUAGCUGUUUUAGAAGAAAAGGGCAAGAUAACCAAGCAAGAAUCUGAAAUCCAGCAGGAUCAGCUGCAGAGGUGCACAUCUCAGUGGCAGGAGUACCAGACAACAAGACAGCAGGUUAUUGAAUUAAUGAACAAAGCUGAAAAGAAAUUAUCUGAAUUCUCUGUUGCCAAAGCCCCUUCUGGACAUAAAGCAGAAGACAAAUUGUUAGCUCAUAAGUCCCUGGUGUCUAUAGUAAAUGCCUUCCAUGAGAAGAUCACAGCUCUGGAGGAAAAAGCUUCUCAAUUAGAAAAAAUUGGAAAUGAUGCCAGUAAGGCAACCAUAAGUAGGUCAAUGACAACUGUCUGGCAGCGCUGGGCUCGGCUCCGGAGCGUGGCUCAAGAGCAAGAGAAGAUACUGGAAGAUGCAGUGCAGAAGUGGAAAGGCUUUAAUGAUAAGAUUAAAAAAGCCACCGUAACAAUAGAUCAGCUACACGGUCGCUUACCAGAGAGCUCAGUUGAGAAAGCAUCAAAGACAGAGCUUCUGGAUCUUCUGGAUUACCACAGCACUUUCAUUCUGGAGGUGGAGCAGCAGCUGUUAUCUUUGGGUCUGCUUAAGCAGCAUGCAGUGAACAUGCUCCAGGAUGUGGAAGUGGAGCCUUCUUCUCAAGAUGAGCUACCUUUCAUGCAAGAAAUUAAAGCAAUGAAAGACCGAUGCCACAACAUGCAACAGAAGGUGAAGAAAAGUGGAAAGCUGGUGAAACAAGAACUCAAGGAACGUGAGGAGGUUGAACUAGAGAUUAAUAUAGUGAAGUCUUGGAUUCAGGAAACUAGAGAAUAUUUGCUAAAUCCCACUACGGAAAUAGAUGCUCAACUUGAGGAGUUGCAGGCUCUUCUUGGGGAAGUAACUACUCACCGUCAGGCUGUUGAGAAAAUGGCUGAACAGCAGCAGAAUAAGUACCUGGGGCUUUAUUCAAUUUUACCUUCUGAACUCUCUCUUCAGUUAGCAGAAGUGGGACUGGCCCUGGUAACUAUACAUGAUCAGAUUCAAGCCAAAGAGAAGGAAGUUCAGCAGAGCAAAGCAUUAAAUCAAGAGUUUGGUCAGAAAAUCCAGGUGAUAGCAAAGGAAUUAAAUGGAAUUCUGUCCAAGCUGAAGGAGAAGACAAAUAAUAUAGCACAAGCUAAAAUAGACCAAAAGAUCCUAGGUGAGGAAUUGGACAGCUGCAAUAUAAAACUGGUGGAACUGGAUGCAUCUGUACAAGAUUUUGCAGAGCAGAACAACCAACUGGCUAAACAGCUGGCUAACAGGAUAGGAAAACUGACUGGGCUACACCAACAGACAAUUAGGCAGGCUGAAUACAGAGCAGCCAAACUCAACCAGGCUGCUUCACACUUGGAAGAAUACAGUGAGAUGCUGGAGUUUAUACUGAAAUGGAUAGAAAAAGCUAAGAUCCUAGUGCAUGGUAGUAUUACAUGGAAUUCUGCCUCCCAGCUUCGUGACCAGUUUAUGGCAUAUCAGACCAUGUUUGAGGAGUCUGGAGAGAUUCAUGGUGAUCUUGAGUCUAUGAAUGAGAAGAUAGAAUAUCUUUCCAGCAUUUACUGUACUGAAGGAAUGACUCAGCAAGUGUCAGAACUGGGGCGGCAGACAGAAGAGUUACAGCAAAUUAUCAAACUGCGGCUCCAAAAUCUCCAGGAUGCAGCCAAGGAUAUGAAGAAAUUUGAAGUGGAGGUGAAAGCUCUACAGGCUGCUUUGGAGCAAGCCCAAGCUACUCUCACCUCUCCAGAGCUUGGACGUUUGAGUCUAAAAGAACAGCUUUCUCACAGACAGCAUCUUCUGUCUGAAAUGGAGUCACUGAAGCCAAAGGUCCAUGCUGUUCAGGUCUGCCAGAGUGCCUUAAGGAUGCCUGAAGAGGUGGUCACCAGCCUGCAGAUAUGUCACACUGCUCUCAGACUCCAGGAGGAAGCUAGCCUCCUGCAGCACAUGGCUAUCCAGCAGUGCAAUAUAAUGCAGGAAGCACUGGUACAGUAUGAACAAUAUGAACAAGAGAUGAAGCAUUUACACCAAAUGAUAGAGGGUGCCCACCGUGAGAUCCAAGACAAACCUGUUGCAACCGCUAACAUCCAGGAGCUGCAGGCCCAGAUUUCACGCCAUGAGGAACUAGCACAGAAGAUUAAAGGAUACCAGGAGCAAAUAGCCUCUUUGAAUUCCAAGUGCAAGAUGCUAACAAUGAAAGCCAAGCAUGCCACUAUGCUGUUGACAGUGACCGAAGUGGAAGGACUUUCAGAAGGAAUGGAGGAGCUGGACUCAGAGCUCCUCCCAACACACCCAGUUCAUCCCUCUGUGGUUAUGAUGACUGCUGGUCGCUGUCACACACUACUCUCACCUGUCACUGAGGAGUCUGGGGAGGAGGGAACCAACAGUGAGAUUUCUUCUCCACCUGCCUGUCGCUCUCCUUCACCUGUGGCUAAUACAGAUGCUUCUGUUAACCAGGACAUUGCUUAUUACCAAGCCUUAUCUGCUGAACAGUUGCAGACAGAAGCUGCCAAGAUUCAGCCCAGCACCUCAUCCACUCAGGAGUUCUACGAGCCAGGCUUAGAGUCAGCUGCCAGUGCAAAACUGGAUGAUUUGCAACGUUCUUGGGAAACACUGAAGAAUGUGAUUAGUGAAAAGCAGCGCACCCUCUAUGAAGCUCUUGAACGCCAGCAAAAAUACCAAGACUCACUCCAGUCUAUAUCCACAAAAAUGGAGACCAUUGAAGUGAAGCUGAAUGAAAGUUUGGAACCUGGCAAGAGCCCAGAGAGCCAGAUGGCUACACAUCAGGCUUUGAUGGAUGAGAUUCUCAUGUUACAAGAUGAAAUCAGUGAGCUUCAAACAUCAUUAGCAGAGGAGUUGGUUUCAGAAUCCCUGGACACAGAUGCUGCAGAUCAAUUGGCUUUGCAGUCCACGCUAACUGUCCUAGCAGAGAGAAUGGCCACUAUUAGAAUGAAAGCUUCAGGAAAACGACAACUGCUAGAGGAAAAACUCAAUGAGCAGUUAGAAGAACAGCGCCAAGAGCAAGCCCUGCAGAGAUAUCGCUGUGAAGCUGAUGAGCUUGACCACUGGCUGCUCAAUACCAAAGCCACUUUGGACACCACUUUGGUUACUUCUGAGGAACCCAUGGACAUGGAGGCUCAGCUGGUUGACUGUCAGAACAUGCUGGUGGAAAUAGAACAGAAGGUGGUAGCCUUGUCAGAGCUCUCUGUGCACAAUGAAAACCUGCUCAUGGAAGGAAAGGCACAUACAAAAGAUGAGGCAGAGCUCUUGGCCAUAAAGCUCAGAACUUUAAAGGGAAGCCUUCUGGAGCUACAGAGAGUGCUUCAUGACAAACAAAUCAACAUUCAACAGGGAGCUUUACAAGAAAAGGAGGAAUGCGAAUUGGAUCUGGUAUCCUCUCACAGUCCCAGCGUUCAAGAAUGGCUGGCACAAGCACGAACAACCCGUUCGCAGCAGCAACAGAGCAGCCUCCAGCAACAGAAAGAGCUAGAACAAGAGCUGGCAGAGCAGAAGAACCUACUCCGUUCAGUAGCAAGCCGUGGAGAAGAAAUUCUAACCCAACAUUCUGCUCCUGACAGCCUUCAGGCUAGUGAAAAGGCUGAUGUGCUAUCUCAGGAGUUAGGCUUAGAAGGUGAGAAAUCAAUAGCUGAAGAUCAGAUGAAGAUGAAAUGGGAAUGCCUGCACCAGGAAUUCAGCACCAAACAGAGACUGCUACAGAAUGCAUUGGAACAGGAAGAGGAACAGCCACUUUACAACAGACCAAACAGACUGAUAUCUGGCAUACCAUUGUAUAAAGGGGAAGGACCGGCACAAGAUAAAUCAUCAGUUGAAUCUAUAAUUGUUGGUUUGAACAAGGCCUUUGAAGAUGUCUCUUCUCAGGCUGGAACCAGAGAGAAGGAAAGCCUGCACUUGGAACAGAAGUUGUAUGAUAGCCUCUCAGCCACCUCUUCUUGGCUUGAUGGUGUUGAAGAAUGCUUGUUUGUUGCUACAGCCUUGCUUCCAGAAGAGACAGAAACUUGUCUGUGUAACCAGGAAUCUCUUGCCAAAGAUAUCAAAGAGAUGUCAGAAGAAAUGGAUAAAAACAAGAAUUUGUUUUCUCAAACAUUUCCUGAGAACAGUGAUAAUAGAGAUGUUAUAGAGGACACUUUGGACUGUCUGCUGGGAAGACUAAUCAUCCUGGAGUCAGUCAUAAACCAGAGGUGCCAUCAGAUGAAAGAGAGACUUCAGCAAGUACUCACCUUCCAGAAUGACCUGAAGCUACUGUUCACAUCAUUGGCUGAUAACAAAUACAUAAUUCUGCAGAAAAUAGCAGAGGUAGCUGAACGACCUGAAAGAGAACAAAUGCAGGCUAUACUGGAGGCAGAAGAAUGUCUGAAGGAAUUGGAUGCUGGAAUCAGCAAAUUAAAGAAGCAUGGGGACAAGCUACAGAUAGACCAGCCUUCCAUGCAAGAACUGUCCAAGCUCCAGGACAUGUAUGAUGAACUGAUGAUGAUCAUUGGAUCCAGACGCAGUGGGCUGAACCAGAAUCUAGCCCUCAAGGGUCAGUAUGAACGAGCUUUGCAGGACCUGGCUGACCUGAUAGAAACUGGCCAAGAAAAGAUGGCAGGUGACCAGAAAAUUAUUGUUGUUUCUAAGGAGGAAGUCCAAAUGCUACUAGACAAACACAAGGAAUAUUUCCAGGGUCUAGAAUCUCAUAUGGUCCUGACAGAAACACUGUUUAGGAAGAUAAGCAGUUUUGCCCUCAUGAGUGAAACCCAGUCACAUACGAAAGAGAUGGCACAAGCCUCCACUGUGUUAAAACAAGCUCAUAAGCGGGGUGUUGAGCUGGAAUACAUUUUAGAGACCUGGACACGUCUGGAUGAGGACUAUCAAGAACUGACCCGACAGCUGGAGGCUGUCGAAAGUAGCAUUCCUAGUGUUGGUUUGGUAGAGGAGACAGAGGAAAGGCUUACAGAUCGGAUCACACUUUAUCAGCACUUGAAAUCUAGCCUGACUGAACACCAGCCCAAGCUUUUCCAGCUGUUGGAUGAUGGGAAAAAAAUGCUUUUUUCUGUCAGCUGUUUAGAUCUAGAAAGUCAGUUGAACCAGUUAGGAGAGCACUGGUUAAAUAAUACCAGCAAAGUGACCAAGGAACUGCACAGACUGGAGACUAUACUAAAGCACUGGACAAGAUAUCAGAAUGAAUCAGCUGAGCUGAUUCAUUGGUUACAAUCAGCAAUGGACCGACUGGAGUUCUGGACUCAGCAGUCAGUGACAGUCCCUCAAGAACUUGAAAUGGUGAGAGACCACCUGAAUGCUUUUCUGGAGUUUUCUAAAGAGGUUGAUGCCAAAUCAUCCCAGAAAUCUUCUGUUUUAAGCACUGGGAACCAGCUCCUUCGGCUGAAGAAAGUAGAUACAGCAGCAUUGCGUGCAGGACUAUCACAGAUUGACAGCCAGUGGACAGAGUUACUGACACAAAUUCCAGUAGUACAAGAAAAACUACAUCAGCUUCAGAUGGACAAGCUUCCUUCUCGUCAUGCCAUCACGGAAGUCAUGAGUUGGAUUUUUCUGAUGGAGAAUGUCAUUCAGGAGGAUGAGGAGAAUAUAAAAAAUGUAGUAGGACAUAAAGCCAUACAGGAUUAUCUACAGAAGUAUAAGGGAUUUAAGAUUGAUGUAAAUUGCAAACAGUUGACAGUAGACUUUGUGAACCAGUCCGUGCUACAGAUUAGCAGCCAGGAUGUGGAAAGUAAACGUAGUGACAAGACUGAUUUUGCGGAACAGCUUGGAGCAAUGAACAGACGUUGGCAGAUCCUCCAAGGCCUCAUAACAGAAAAGAUCCAAUUGUUGGAAGGUAUGCUGGAAUCCUGGACAGAAUAUGAAAACAGUGUGCAGUGCCUGAAAACUUGGUUUGAUACCCAAGAGAAAAGGUUGAAGAAACAACAGAGAAUUGGAGAUCAGGAGUUGGAAGAGUUGAUUAAAGUCAAGGAAAAAGAAGUAGAGAAAGUAGAACAGAGUGGCCUUUCCUUGGUCCGCAAUAAGAAGGAAGAAGUCUCUGCUGUUGUCAUGAGUACUCUGCAAGAACUUAACCAUUCAUGGGCCAAUUUGGACCACAUGGUUGGCCAGCUGAAGAUAUUGUUGCAAUCUGUGCUUGAUCAGUGGAGCGUUCACAAAGCAGCUUAUGAAGAACUGAAUAGUUAUUUGAUGGAAGCUAGAUAUUCUUUGUCCCGCUUUCAUCUCCUCACAGGCUCCUUGGAUGCAGUGAAAGUCCAAGUAGAUAACCUCCAGGUGACUAACGAGUACUGA